CCGCCCUCCCCCCCCGCACGCCUCGCUCUGCAUCGGGCUCGGUGACAGCAGCGGGCUGGAGACACGGGAGGCUCCGCUCCCAGGCAGCACCGAGAAGCGGCAGCAGCGGCGGCUCCCGGCUGCUCUCGCUGAGCUGGUCGGGGUGCCGAAGCAUGCGGAGCCAUGGGCCAGGGCUGCGGACACUCCAUCCUCUGCCGGAGCCAACCGUACCAGGCGGCCGCAUCUGACCUACGGGGACAGCAGGUUUUCCUCAAGGUGGAGGACGCGGUGCCCGGCAACGAGGCGCUCCAGGACGCCCUGCUGAGCCUGGGGGCCGUCAUCGAGGUCACCUCCCUGCGGGACACCCUCCGCCAUGCCCUCGUCACCCUGCUGCCCGCCGUGGAGCGUGUCUGCAUCUACCUGCGGGAUGGGGACACCCGGCUGGUCUGCGACGACCCCCCCCAUGAGCUGCCACCCGAGGGGACACUCAGGGACGCGGUGCGCAGGCAGCAGCGGGUGCAGUGUGGGGGGCUGCCCCCCGCCGAGCCCCCCGCCCAGCAGCUGGGGACACUGGCAGCACCCCUGGCACCCGGCACGCAAGUGCUCAUCAUCCCACUGGUGGACAAGGACAGCGGGACCGUGAUCUGCGUCAUCCUGGUUCACUGCGGCCAGCUGAGUGACCCGGACGAGCAGAACCUGCGCGCGCUGGAGAGACACACCCUGGUGGCGUUCCGGCGCCUGCAAGCCCUGCAGAAGCUGCAGCCCUGGCCCCAGGUCAGCCUCUCUACCAGCUCCUCCCAAAACUCCUUGGCCAAGCCUGAGAAGGUGCCCGACAGCAGCUACACCCCCCUGGACUGCAAGAUCCUGCAGCUCUGCGGUGAAUUGUAUGACCUGGACGCCGCUUCGCUCCAGCUCAAGGUCAUCAAUUAUCUGAAGCAGGAGACCCAGUCGCUCAGCUGCUGCCUCCUGCUGGUCUCUGAGGACAACCACCAGCUCUUCUGCCAGGUGGUGGGGGACCGUGUCCUGGAGGAGGAGAUCAGCUUCUCGCUCACCUUCGGGCGCUUGGGCCAAGUGGUGGAGGACAAGAAAUCCAUCACCUUGAAGGACAUCAGCGAGGAGGAGCACAAGCAGCUGAGUAGCAUGUUGGGCUGUGAGGUCACCUCCAUGCUCUGCGUCCCUGUCAUCAGCCGGGCCACCUCCCAGGUGGUGGCGUUGGCCUGCGCCUUCAACAAGCUGAGCGGGGACAGCUACACGGAGGCAGACGAGCGCAAGAUCCAGCACUGCUUCUGCUACACGUCCACGGUGCUCACCAGCACCUUGGCCUUCCAGAAGGAGCAGAAGCUCAAGUGCGAGUGUCAGGCCCUGCUGCAGGUGGCCAAGAACCUCUUCACACACUUGGACGACGUCUCCGUCCUGCUCCAGGAGAUUAUCACGGAGGCGCGAAACCUCAGCAACGCCGAGAUAUGCUCCGUGUUCCUGCUGGACCGGCUGAGCCACGAGCUGGUGGCCAAAGUGUUUGACGGCGGUGUGGUGGACGACGAGAGCUACGAGAUCCGCAUCCCGGCGGACCAGGGCAUCGCCGGGCACGUGGCCACCACCGGGAAGAUCCUCAACAUCAAGGACGCCUACUCGCACCCGCUCUUCUACCGCGGCGUGGACGACAGCACCGGCUUCCGCACCCGCAACAUCCUCUGCUUCCCCAUCAAGAACGAGAGCCAGGAGGUCAUCGGGGUGGCCGAGCUGGUCAACAAGAUCAACGGUCCCUGGUUCAGCAAGUUCGACGAGGACUUGGCCACUGCCUUCUCCAUCUAUUGUGGCAUCAGCAUCGCCCACUCGCUGCUGUACAAGAAGGUGAACGAGGCGCAGUACCGCAGCCACCUGGCCAAUGAGAUGAUGAUGUACCACAUGAAGGUGUCGGAUGAUGAGUACACCAAGCUGCUGAGCGAGGGCAUCCAGCCCGUGGCCACCAUCGACCCCAAUUUCGCCAAGUUCACCUACACCCCCCGCUCGCUGCCUGAGGACGACACCUCCAUGGCCAUCCUCAGCAUGCUGCAGGACAUGAACUUCAUCAACACCUACAAGAUGGACCGGCAGACGCUCACCCGGUUCUGCCUGAUGGUGAAGAAGGGCUACCGCGACCCCCCGUACCACAACUGGAUGCAUGCCUUCUCUGUCUCCCACUUCUGCUACCUGCUCUACAAGAACCUGGAGCUCGUCAACUACCUGGAAGACAUCGAGAUCUUCGCCCUCUUCAUCUCCUGCAUGUGCCACGACCUGGACCACAGGGGCACCAAUAACUCCUUCCAGGUGGCCUCGAAAUCAGUCCUGGCCGCAUUGUACAGCUCAGAAGGUUCCGUCAUGGAGAGACAUCACUUCGCCCAGGCCAUUGCCAUCCUCAACAGCCAAGGUUGCAACAUCUUCGACCACUUCUCCCGCAAGGACUAUCAGCGCAUGUUGGACCUGAUGAGGGACAUCAUCUUGGCCACCGACCUGGCCCACCAUCUCCGCAUCUUCAAGGACCUCCAAAAGAUGGCAGAAGUUGGGUAUGACCCCAAGAACAAGCAGCACCACAACCUCCUGCUCUGCCUGCUCAUGACCUCCUGCGACCUCUCAGACCAAACCAAGGGCUGGAAGACCACCAGGAAGAUCGCGGAGCUGAUCUACAAGGAGUUCUUCUCCCAAGGCGACCUGGAGAAAGCCAUGGGCAACCGGCCGCUGGAGAUGAUGGACCGGGAGAAAGCCUACAUCCCUGAGCUGCAGAUCAGCUUCAUGGAGCACAUCGCCAUGCCCAUCUACAAGUUGCUGCAGGACCUGUUUCCCAAGGCAGCGGAACUCUACGAGCGGGUGGCCAGUAACCGGGAGCAGUGGACCAAGGUGUCCCACAAGUUCACCAUCCGGGGCUUGCCCAGUAACAACUCUCUGGACUUUCUGGAUGAAGAAUAUGACCCCCAAGUUCCUGACCCCCAACUCAACGGUUGCCUGGAGCCCGAGGGGGGGCAGCCCGAGGCGGGGGCUGAGUGACAAGGGGUGUGACUCAGGGGGAGCUGAGGGACAGGAGUGUCCCCAACCCUCAUCCUCCAGCCCAUGAGGAGGAGGUUUGGGGGGACAUUGGUGACUCUGGGCCACCAUGGUGAGGUCCUUCCCCAUCGGUGGGUGACUGUCCCCUCAACCCUGGUGGUCCCUGGAGUCCCCUUAGUGGCCGGGGGACACUGUGGGGGACACCGUGGGGAUGGGGAACUGGGGGGUGGCUUUAAAUUGCCUUAAGGCUGCAGGUCCCGUCCCUAUGAGGUGACAAUGGGGACAAUGUCCUCAGUGGUGAAAGCACCUCCUGAAAUAGGGUGGUGGGACAGUGUAGGGUGGUGGUGGGUGGGCUUCAGGUCACAGGGGCGUCCCCAUGGACCUCAAAGCGGGACAUGACGCUGUGGGAGGGAGGUAGGGACAUCUGAGGACAGAGCCAUGUCCCCUCCAAGGGCUACACACGUGCCAGGGCUGGGGGGCUCCUGGUCUUCACGCAUGGGGGGGCUGCGCAUCCGUAGGGACGUCACAGAGGGUCUGGUCCCCACCUUGUCCCCAGCGUGUCCCCAGUACAUGGGUGUUCACUGGUGACCAACACGUCCAUGAGCACCCCAGCUUGUGGUGGCUUCACAACUCCUGCCGUGGUGACCACCGCACAUGGACCCUGCUGGUGUUCCAUAGUUCCUCUGGUCCUACCAACUGCCAUGCAUGGAACCUGCUGGUGUCCCAUGGUUCCUCUGGUCCUACCAACAGCCAUGCAUGGACCCUGCUGGUGUCUCAUCAUCCUUUCGGUCUUACCAACCACCACGCAUGGACCCUGCUGGUGUCCCAUAGUUCCUCUGGUCCUACCAACCACUGUGCAUGGACCCUGCUGGUGUCUCAUGAGCCUUCUGGUCUUACCAACUACCGUGCAUGGACCCUGCUGGUGUCCCAUGGUUCCUCUGGUCCUACAACCAUCAUGCAUGGACCCUGAUGGUCUCCCAUGGUUCCUCUGGUCCUGUCAACCACUGUGCACGGAACCUGAUGGUCUCCUGUGGUCCUUCUGGUCCUGCAGACCACCGUGGACCCUGCUGGUGUCCCAUGGUUCUUCUGGUCCUGUUGACUGCCACACAUGGACCCUGCCAUCCUCCUGUGGUCCCUCGUGUCCUGCAGACCACCAUGUGUGGAUGGUGAUGGCCUCCUGUGGUUCUUCUGGGCAUGCAGACCACUGUGCAUGAACCCUGACAUCCUCCUGUGGUCCCUCUGGUCCUGCCAACCACCAUGCAUGGACCCUACUGCUAUCGCAUUGUCCCUCUGGUCCUACAGACCACCAUGUAUGAACCCUGAUGACCUCCUGUGGUCCUUCUGGUCCUACCAACCACCAUGCAUGGAUGGCGAUGGCCUCCUGUGGUUCUUCGUGUUCUGCAGAUCACCUGGUGAUCUCCUGUGGUCCUUCUGGCCCUGUUGACUGCCAUGCAUGGAUCCUGCCAUCCUCCCAUGGCUCCUCUGGUCCUACAGCCCACCAUGCAUGGACAGUGAUGGCCUCCUGUGGUCCUUCCAGUUCUACUUAACACCAUGCAUGGACCCUGCUGUCUCACAUCAUCCCUCCUGCCCUGCUGAUUGACGCGCAUGGACCUUGCCAUCUUCCCUCGGUUCCUCUGGUCCUGCAGACCAUCAUGUGUGGAUGCUGAUGGCCUCCUGUGGUCCCACUGGUCCUACAGACCACCAUGCAUGGAUGGUGAUGGCCUCCUCUCCUACUGACCACCAUGCAUGGAUCCUGAUGGUCUCCUAUGGUCCCUCUGGCCCUACACACCACCACGCGUGGUUGAUGACCACCAUGCAUGGAUGGUGAUGGCCGCCUGUGGUCCCUCUGGUCCUACACACCACCAGACUUGGACAGUGAUGACCUGUGAUCCCUCUGGUCCCACCAACCACCAUGCAUGGAUGGUGAUGGUCUCCUGUGGCCUCCUCCUGUCCUACCAACCACCGUGCAUGGGCCUUGAUGGUCUCCCCUUUGUCCUUCCAGUCCCUCAACCCAACAUUUUUUGACCCCCUCAGCCCCGGGGGGCUCUGCUUAACCAACCCCCCAGGGUAGCUCCAGCUGUGACCCGGCUCCUUGUCACCCCAACCAAAGGAACUGGGGUGUGCUGAGCCCCACCCCCUGUCCACAUCAUCAUGGUGGGGUCAUCAUCGUGGCAGGGGACAGUGAUGGAAGUGCCAUGGUGACAUCCUGGAGCUGCUUGGGUCAGUUCCACCAGGAUCAGUCCCACCAGCAUUGGUUACACUGGGGUUGGUCCCACCAAGGUCUGUCCCACUGGGGUUGGUCCCUCCAGGAUCGAUCCCAUCAUGGUCAGUCCCACUGGGCUUGGUCCCACCAAGGUCUGUCCCACUAGGGUUGGUCCCUCCAGGAUCGAUCCCAUCACGGUCAGUCCCACUGGGGUUGGUCCCACCAGGAUCGAUCCCAUCACGGUCAGUCCCACUGGGGUUGGUCCCACCAAGGCUGAUCCUACCAGGGUUGGUCCCACCAGGGUUGGUCCCACUGGGGUUGGUCCAACUGGGAUUGGUCCCACCAAGGUUGGUCCUACCAGGGUUGGUCCCACCAGGGUCAGUCCCACUAGGAUCAGUCCCACCAGGAUUGGUCCCAGCAAGGUCAAGGUCACCCCAGGUGCAGCUGUGGGGCUGUUGGCCACCCCACCCCAUGGUCCCAUUGCCGGAUUUGGGCUGCAGGGUGGCCGCUUUUCUCGUCCUUUGCUCUGUCAGCGCCUCCUCGCCUGUUGUCUCGGGGUCCCCCCGUGUCUGCGGGAGCGAUGGGGACACCACCAAACUGAGCUGGGGGCCUGGGGGACAAUGCAAACUCAAUUCCUUUUGCCUUACCUACUCGGAGAUGCCUUGAGCCAGAUGUUUUGCCCAAACCCCUCCAGUAGGACCUGUCCGGUGACCACAUCUGGCUGCUGGCCCAUGGCUUCGCCUACAAGACCCCCCCCAGAACCCUCCACUCCCCUUGCGAUGACACUUGGGGGGCAGGGACAGUCCCAGAAGGCAGCAAAACCCCCCAAAACUACAAGAGGAGGAAGAUGAAUCCAUCGUCGACAUCCCAGAUGGGAUCCCCGGCCUGGUGACAAUCCAGGGGUGCCUGGUGCCAAUUGGGGGGUGUGCUCGGUGACAUGGGGGGGGUCUUAAUGUUGCAAACAGAUCCAGGGUGGGUCCCACAUCCCAGGGGGUUGUUUCCCAGCUGUACCCCCCACUUUUCCAGCGCCCCCUGCUGGCGUGUGUAGGUGGUUGAUGCUUUUCCCGGCUCCCACCCCCUCUCUACAUAACCCCCUAUGGAUUUUGGGGGGUGCGGCCAGACCCCCCAACCCCACGGGUGUGUGCAGGUGUGCAAAUCCUCCCCCCGCUUCUCUGUCCCCCCCUCGCGUGGCGCUGGAUGUUCUGGGCUCUGAGGGAGCCCAAGGAAGAGACGAUCUUUCUUCUUCAUCUCCUCUUCCUCCUCUUCUUCCUCCUCUUCUUCCUCCUCUUCUUCCUCCUCUUCUUCCUCCUCCUUCUUCUCUUCUUCCUCUUCUUCUUUAUUAUUAUUAUUGAUUUUUUUUUUUGGUGGGUUUUGGUUUUCCUAAAUAAAUUUCAUACGUCGA